AUGAGACAUAAAAAAGAUAAUCCAGUGAAAUCGAUCUCAUUGGAAAAUAUAAGAUCCUUACCAUUGUCGUUAAGAUUUAAUGAUGAUACAUCUUUAGUUAGAGCUAAUCACUUAUUAAAAAGCCAAAGAAAGUCAUUUCCCGGUGAAUUAUCAACUAAUGAUUAUCUGAUGUCCAUAAAUAACACCAAAUUGAAUUCAAAUAUCAGUUCAAAUAAUAAUCCCAACAAUAAAAAUAUAAAUCUUCAUGGGUCUAAUACAUUCAAUAAUAAAAUAUCAAAUAGGCCAAAUAUUAAGUUUGAAAUGUAUGAUGAAGAUUUAAUGGCAAGAGGCAAUAGCUCUGAUAUCAUAAACAUGGAUAUUACUAGGAACGGCAAUUGUAAUAACAAAUAUAUUAGCAAUAGCAAUAGUAGCAGUAGUAGCAUUGGUGAUGGUGAUAAAACAUCUAUAGAUCAUCCAAAUAAACAACAUGCUAACUUAUUAGAUUUUAAAGUGAAUACUCAAGCUAGGAACAAUGAUGAUAUGAAUGUGAACUCUAAUGUCAAUCGUUAUUCAGGAACAAAUAUUAUCUCUUCCUCAAAUGAUACUAGAUUGAAGAGUGAUAUUCAAGCGGAUAAUUUAAAUUUAGAAGAAACUCAGGAAGACGAUAUUAUUGAUGAUGAAGUGGUCGAAGAAGAGGCUGUAGAAGAAGAUGAGGAUGAAGAAGAGGCUAUUGAUGAAGAUCAAGACGAAGACUUCGCAAAUGUAGAUGAAAUUGAUGGUCCAAUACUAGCGACUCCAAGAAAUAAUGAGCCUCCCUCGUCUCCGUUAUUAUCUGCAAGAAAGGCUAUAGAUAUGAAAACUGCACAAGGCGUUUCAAUACCUAGUAAAAUAUCCAAACAAAGUUUAAAUCAAGAUGACAAGAAUAAAACACUUCUGGCAUCUAUUCAGAAUGGCAAUUCAAUUAAUUCUACUAAUAAUGAUGCUGUUAGUAAUGAUAACAGUAAUAAGAACGAUAAUGUCAAUGAAAAUAAAGCAUCAUGUGUAUCUAAUACACCAGCAACAACAACCCCAAUAUCUACAUCAACAACCACAUUUUUCUCUACAUCAACUAGUAAUAAAGUAGAUUAUAAUUUGCCCGUUGAUAACCAAUUAAAACAAAAGUUAGAAGAGAGGGCUGCUCAAUUGAUGGAAUCAAAGGAUAUAUCAGUAGGGACAAACUUGAAAUUAGAUUGGUCUUUAAAAGAUUUUUACGGCUUGAAUUAUGAAUUAGAUAAUUGGUUUUCUUCCCCAGACUUCAGUUUAUUCAAAUCGAUGGUUCACUCAUUUAAUAGUUCAAUAGAAUCUCCUGAAGAUUUCAUUGAUGAUGAAAAAUACUGCUUAAAAACAAUUAAUAGAUUAGUGGAUAGUUUACCAAAGAAAAUCCCCAUAGAAAAUAACUCCAAAUUUUUACAUUUAAACAGUUAUUCAAAUGAUAUUCUUCAUAAAACCAGUAUAUUGCUUUUGACUUACAUCGCAAUGGGUACCUUUUCAUUAACUGAAGAUAUUAAUGGUCAGUUAAUUGAAAUUAAAAAAAAUGUCAGAUUGUUAAUACCAAAUUUACUAAAAAUUAUUGAGUCAUUUAAAUUUAUUGCAAUCCAAUGUAGAGAUUCAGAAGUUGAUCUCAAAAAUAAAUCGCAACAAUUAUUUUGUAUGUCGACUAUAAUAUAUUUUAUUGUUUCAGUUUGCUUAGAAGAGAGAGAGUUAUAUUUUCAAAAUGAAAAAAUAAAAUUAGAUAACAAUAGCCCUUAUUAUGGCAAUUUAGACAAAACUAAUUCAAGAGAUGAAACGAACUUUAUAUUUAUGGCAAUAGAAUAUUUUCAAUCUUCAGGGUUUUUACAAUUUUUAACGCGGUAUAUUGAACAUUGGCGUUGGUCAAGUAGAUUAUCAAUGCGUAUUAGAAACAUUAUUAAUUUAUGUUUUAAGCUAUUAGUUUUACAAUUUGGUGAUCGAGAUCUUUAUAAAGUAGCAAAAUCUGAAAUUUCAAAAUUGCAUGGUAUAGAUAUAGAGAAGAAAACUUCAAAAAAUUUAACAAUAUCGCCCUUACAUUAUCAAGCUUUUCGUGAAGAUAUAAUAUCAAGGUAUCCUGAUUGUAAAUUACCAUUAUCCAAUCUACCAGAAGAAAGAGAUAACUCAAAUUCAUUAUCACAAUUUUUGCAAAUACCAAGACCAAAAUCAAAAAACCCUAUUAACUUGUCUUUAGCAGAACCAAAUCAACAUUUAGCUACUCCUUGUCCAUCACCUCCGAGAUCAAGAUCUUCAUCAGAUUCUUGCUUGGAUUUCAAUAACAUGCCUCUAUAUCAAUUUAAUCACACUCAACGCUCUAGAAAAUCAUUACAGACUAAUAUGUCGUUCCCAAAUCUUUAUCCUUCAGACGAUGAAGACGGGCUUGAUUCAUUAUCAAAGAGAAUCACUAUAUAUGAUGAUAAAGAUGAUCACGAUGUCCGAAUCCCAUUUAGCAUCAAAGAAGCAUCAAAUAUUCUAAGUAGAAAUGUGGAAAUAAAGCUAAGUAUAAAGCAACUAUGGCAUGAGAGAGAUUUAUUUAUGACCACAGAACGAGGAUGGCAGCCAAAUACAUCAUCAGAUACAUACAACUAUAUAUCAUAUGAAAACAAAGAGAACAAUCAAUUCAUUAACAUUAUGAAAAGAGUAGACCAGUUUUAUAAAGAUUCAUUGCCAUCAUUUAAUUCUUUGAUAUUCGUAUUAUUACAAACUAUAGAGUCAAAUUUAUCCAACCCUGAGUAUAAGGAAAUGGACAAAGAAGAAAGUACCGGGACCCCAUCAAACGAGAAUAAUUCUAACGAGGAGAAAGAAAAGGAUGGCAAUGGAUCUAAAGAUAAUAUAUCUGUGAAAUAUGCUAACGAAAUACCCAAUUUAGCUGUUUUAACUCCCCAAUUAGAGAUUAUUAAAGCUAAGCAACAAGUGCUUAGGAGUUCAACUGGGAUUAUAUUUAUUAUUCUUCGCUGGCUAAAGUUAAACCAUAUUUUGAAAUUUGAAUAUUUUUCAGUGCUACUAUAUGAUUCAAGAUAUUUUACAAUCUGUACAGCUUUGUUGAACAAGGUUGCAGAAAAUUACUCUGAUAAAGCAUUUAAUAGAAUGAUGACCUCAAAAAAUUCUUUAUGGAAAGAAUGCUCAAAAUAUAAUGCAAACUAUACGUCGUUCUAUGACUCCUCUAGCCAGUUGCCAGUAAAAACUGACAUUACAGUUCUUUCGUCAUUGUCAUAUCUUUUAAGGAUUUUAAGAAAAAUAACUGGUAAUAAAACUCAAAGAAUAAAGGAACUCCCAGUUCCUCUAGGCAUUAUUUUUAAAAAGUUGUACAAAAUUUUUAACUUAGAUAUUUAUCACCCUAUGUUACGAAUUAUGAGAGAAUUGACGCCAUUUAAGAAUAAAAGAUGGAAAUCUGAACAUAUGGAACUGAUUUCGGGUGUAUAUCUGUAUGAAAAAUUAGAGUUAAUUGAAAAUUGGGUAACUGGUAAAGAAAUAUCCAGUGAGCUUAAUGACGCAUGCGCACAAGAAAUUGCAUUAAGAGCCCUUUUACAGUUUUACAACUUUUUACAUUAUGAACACUCAAUGGAGGAUAUGGGAUAUGCACAAAGACCGAAUUCGGAAUCGUAUUUAAUAAAUACAGAAUCUGAGUCUGUAGGUUUAUAA